GGCGAGAGAAUCCAUCCACUCCGGCGAUAUUUGCGACAUCUUUAUCUUUCGACGCCACCGGAUGAGUGUCGCCGGCAUCCAUCGUUUAACUCUUCCUUUACUUCCGUUUUCUCUACAUACUCGAGAUGCAUCUUUUGGUUUCUCCUCUCUCAGCAUCCCCGCCAAUCGCCACCGCAAUCAUCCCGUAGUCCACCAUUCUCACCGAUUGGUCACCUGUUUUAGUCACCGAUUGGCUUCCCAUAAAUCUGAUGAUGCUGAAGCUGGUUCUUCCUUUGAUGAAGGAGAAUCGUUGGAUAAGAAUGGGACAAGCAGCAAAAACCCGUUUGCUUCUAAAGAGCUUCUCAAGAAAUUGAAGAGAUAUGGAGUCUCUGGAAUUUUGUCUUAUGGGUUACUUAAUACAGUCUAUUACAGCAUAGCUUUCCUCUUGGUAUGGUUUUAUGUAGCCCCAGCACCCGGAAAAAUGGGUUAUUUUGCUGCGGCUGAGAGAUUUCUUAAAGUGAUGGCCAUGGUCUGGGCUGGAAGCCAAGUUACUAAGCUCAUCAGAAUAGGAGGGGCAGUCGCACUUGCACCUAUUGUUGAUAGAGGAUUGUCGUGGUUUACAGUAAAAUUCAAGUUUGAAAGUCAAGGAAAAGCUUUCGGUGCAAUGGUUGGGAUAUGUCUUGGUCUGGCUUUGGUGCUGUUUACCGUUGUGACACUACUCUGGGCAUAGCACAGAAUAUACUGCAUUUGGUAGAUUUGCUUUUACAAGAAUUUUGGUUUUAGUUACAACAGUAGAGACUUGAAAGGCAUUGUAGACAUGAUCUGAUGCCCCUGUUUUUUGUAAGAAUUUGACUUUGAUAUGAUAUUAGUAGUGAUUGUCCAGUUUCUUUAGCUGCGACAUCAUUCUCCGCAGUGAAAGAACAAAUUAUUGUAAAGAAGAGGCUUUUAUGUUCCCGGUGAAGAAGAAUUGUAUGUAAACUCAAAUAAUUAAGAAAAUAUUCAAAUGUGUACUCUGUUAGAACAAGAGUUGGAGCCGGCUUAAAAGGGGAAAAAGAAAAAUGAAAAAAAAAAAAGCUGUUGCAAAUCUCCGAGUUGCAGUAACAA